UGACACUCACCGAACUUCGAGUGCCCACUUCCGUGAUGGCCAGCAUCAAAAAUGGCGUUGUGCUUGAUUGUCUGUACACUCUACGUCCGAAUUCCAUCGGGCUAGUGGUCGCCUGGUAUUUCAACAACAGCGCCAGACCGGUUUAUCAGUGGAUUCCCGGUCAGAAGCCUUUGAGCAUCGGCGUGUUCCGCCACCGUGCCAAUCUCGACUACAAGGUGUCUGACGACAACGAGACCAUGCACAGGGCCUUGCACAUCAUCAAUCCGACCAUCGAGCUGUCCGGCGACUACAGGUGCGUCGUGUCCACGUACCACGAUGAAGAUUUCAUGAUCAAGAGGAUGAUCGUUUACUCUCCGGAGAAGAAGUUUGACGUAUAUCAGAAGAGAGUCAAUAACGAUACUAUACGUGUAACUUGCAUGGUCUCUGGCGUUUACCCUGUACCUAGACUCACCCUCUUCAACAACUCGGUCACAGACAAACAGAGCUACCCGUUGGUUCAUUCUCGCGUCGAUAUCAACCGCUUGAAGGACACUUCCUACGAAGUGAUCAUCAGUGUGCUGAUCAACGACGACGACAUCACCACUCAAUCCACCUUGGACUGCGAACUCAAAAUCCCGGACACCCCAUACGUCAAGAGAAAGACUUUUGUUUUCUUCCAAGGUAGGUGUAUUAUUUUUGUUUCUCUAGUCGGGCUGCACGCGAGACGUAUGCUAAAAACGAAUCGACCCCGAAAAACAGUCUCUCGUCUACAACAAUAUGGAUAAUUAUAAAAUAAUAAU